AUGGUGCCAGCUGAAAACGGACAGGCACCUCGUUGGGCCUGGGGUGCGGCCUUGGUGCUGGUGGCCGGCUCCGGGCUCCUCUCUCUGGUGGCAUGGCUGCGAAAAGGCGAAAAGCGGCCGGAGCGCCCGCUUUUGUCCUCUCCUUUGAUGCCGGUGGUGCUGCCGCCGAAGAGUCCGGCAGAGCCGGACUCGGAGGAGCUUCGGAAGGCGGUGCCGGAGCUCUUGGCGGCGGUGCAGCAUCUUCCCAAGUCGCAGGAAGAUGUGCCUCCGCUCGCGGAGCUGCUGCAGAAGACGCAGGCGAGCUACCAGGACCACGGCUGGCUCCAGCGCCGCGACGAGCCGGCGCUGGACCUGGCGCGGUGGCUGGAGGCGCGGGAUCUGCGGGAGCUGGUGCAGCUCAGUUCCCGGCGGGCGGUGCUCAUGGAGAAGCUGGAGGAGCUGCAUGACCUGAAGUGGGACGCCCCUUUCGAUGCGGAGGAGGAGGCCAUCAAGGAGAACAAGAUCGCACGGGAUGCUGCUGGCAUGGAGUGA